AUGAAUUGCAGGCGAGAACUUGGUCAAAUAGUGAUAGCCAUGUUUUACAAAGUAGACCCAUCUGAUGUACGUAAGCAAACCGGAGAUUUUGGGAAGGUCUUCAGGAAAACGGCCGGUAAAACAAAGGAGGAAAUUAGGAGAUGGAGAGUAGCGUUGGCAGAAGUAGCCACAAUUGCUGGUUACCAUUCAAGCAACUGGUUAGAGUUUCUUCUUUGCUCAUAA